CUCCAUCUCUUCGCACCACUACCGUCAUCGAGGGCACCGACGAUUUUGAUACCGGGCAUGGCUUCCAUACUGCGAUGGAAUCAUCUAGCUCCCUUCCCGUGUCGUCUUCGCCCAUGAAUGAACUUCGACGCCGAGUCCGAGAAGCAUUGAAGAUGAUGGAUCAAUUUCUUAGCAUUCCUCUGGUGACUUCCAUGAGUGACCAAACCAUAGUAUGGCCCGGCUCUGCUUGCAAAAUUCUGGAGACUUUGAGC